GCUCUUUCAUCCCACUCCACAACUUUAGCGAGUCAAUAGUCGUAAGGAAGGAUGUACGAGAGGGAGGGAGGGUGAGAAUUAUAUCAUCACAACGGCCUCCUCACGUCUCGGAGACCUUUAGACCCUUUAUGAAAUAAAAAAAAAUGUCCCCACUUUAUAAAUGAAAUCAUGAAGCAUGCCAUGUCCAUACUCCCUUACCACUGAAGUUCAGCCGUAGGAACUGAACUGAACUGAACUGAUGUUGGGAUACAGUGUUGCAAUUGUCAACUACAGAGCCCAAGCCCCACUGCGGAAAGCGGAAGCCGAAGCAAAAGUAGAAGCGGAAGCGGAAGCGGAAGCGGAAGCUUAUACACAAAAAAUGGAUGUAGAAAUCCUGUCCUCCACAAGCGUGAAGGCAGCAGUGGCAGUGGGCGAGGUCGAGGGCUCGAUCCCCCUCACCAUCUUUGACAGGGCAGCCGUCGACCUCCAUGUGCCUACCAUCUAUGCGUUCCGCGCGCCUAUGCCCGGCAACGACGCCCUCAAGCGCGGUCUCUCGGAGGUCCUCAGCCACUACCGGCAGCUUGCAGGCCGCCUCUCCACUGAUCCAGUCUCGAGCCUCCCAUGUAUCCUCCUCAACAACGCUGGUGCCAGGGUCGUCGAGGCUCAAGUGUCCAGCCCUCUAGCAAACCACCUCCCGUUGCACCCAUCCCCUGCCCUCUCAAUUCUCUAUCCCCCCAUCGAUGAAACUGUGGAGGAGCUUCUUCAGGUGCAAAUCACUCGCUUCUCGUGUGGGGGCAUCAUCCUCGGCACCACCGGCCACCACAAAGCUGCCGAUGGGCAGUCGAUGAGCAUCUUCUUCCUUGAGUGGUCACGCACAGUGCGAGCCAUGACCAAGGGACAGGACCGGCCCCCACCGCCAGUGGUCGCUCCUGUGCAUGACCGUUCAAUGCUCGCACCCUGUGACCCGCCCUGUCCCAAGUUUGAACACCGCGAGAUUGAGUUUCAGUCAGGUGCCAAGGCUACAGCCUCCCAGCCGCCUGCCCAGUUUGAGAAUGUGGUGGUGCAUUUCCCUGCAGAAUUCGUGGCCUCCCUGAAGGCUGCUGGCGGUGGCCGCUACUCCACAUUUGAGUGCCUCCUUGCCCAUGUCUGGAAGAAGCUGACCAUCGCACGCGGCCUCGACGCCGAGGUCGAUACCCAUGUGCGCAUCGCAGUGAACGGGCGUGCAAGGCUCGGGCCUCACGUUCCAAUGGGCUAUUUUGGAAACCUCGUCCUGUGGGCUCAUCCCAAUCUUAAGGCCGGAGAGCUACUUGCUCUAAACACAGCUGAUGUAGCAAGGGCAAUACACGAGGGUGUCGACGAGAUCGACGACGCCUACUUCCAAUCAUUCGUCGACUUCGGAGCAGUGGCACAGGAGGAGCUGGUGUCGAGCGCACCAGUAGAGGGCAUCUCACUGUCGCCGAAUUUGGAGGUCGACAGCUGGCUGCGUUUCGACUUCUGGGAGCUCGAUUUUGGAACUGGCCGGCCCUGCGCCUUCCUGCCGCCAUGGCUUCCCUUUGAGGGGCUCUUCAUAUUUAUGCCUUCCUACAAAGAGAAGGGGGGAGUUGACAUGUUCUUGGCCAUCUCUCGUGACCACAUCCCCAAAUUUAAGCACAUUUGCCACUCCCUGGACUGAGAAGAUCCACUCGUCUGUAAGAACAAGCCCUAUGAAUACACCACGAUGUUUGAAUAAUAAUUGUUUGUUUAUGUAUACUUUUUUUGUCCUUUUUUUUUUUGCCAAUCCUUCUGCUUGCUUGUUGAUUCCAUUCCCUAUCUUAAUAGAGCAGUUUAUAAGUUGGAAAUCA